AUGCGAGAUUCAAGGCUGUCUACUAGGUUGACUGGCGCUCUACCUAAGAAUGAGGGUAUUGGAACACUACCUGCCAACCUUAUUACCAAAGAGAAAGCAAGUAAAAGUGAAAGGGAAGAAUCUUCAAGAGGUCCUAAAAGGUCCUUUGAAGUUAGUAGGGAGACUAUAAAUGCACUCAAAAUGUUUGUAGAUGCACAAAGGAGUUUUCAUGGCUUCUCCCAACAAUAUGAGAAUCUUGAGUUUGCAACCAUAGGAAGAACGGGAGAAGAUAGUUUUUUAGAGGGUGGAGAUGAGUCAGAGUUUGUAUCUCCUCCACAGGUUGUGGAGAUUAGAAGUGGACCAGGAUCAAUUCUUGUGGUAAGAGAGUUUUCAUAUGUGUUUCAAGAGGAACUACCUAAUUUGCUACCUGAAAGGGAGAUAGAGUUUGAGGUUGAUCUUAUGCCAGGUACCAGGUUCAUAUUUGUUCCUCCUUAUAGGAUGGCUCCUGUAGAGCUAAAAGAAUUAAAGGAACAACUGCAGGAAUUGGUGGAUAAGGGAUUCAUUCGACUGAGUGCCUCUCCUUGGGGUGCUCCAGUAUUAUUUGUAAAGAAAAAGGAUGGAUUCUUGAGGCUAUACAUUGAUUAUAGACAAUUGAAUAAGGUCGCUAUAAAGAAUAAGUACUCGUUGCCCCAUAUUGAUGACUUGUUUGAUUAA